AUGUAUGGCCACUUGAUCCUGUCUGCGGCGCGGCGUGGCGCGGCGCAUGGUCCUCAAUCAUGCCCCCUGACCCUGAGCACUGUGUUAUCAAGGGUCCAUCUAUGCAUGAUCACACUGGGGAAGAAGAAGCACGCGGGGAGGCUGCAGAAGGUUCUGAGGGAGCAGAAGGCCAGGGUCUACAUCAUCCGCCGCUGCGUCGUCAUGCUUCUCUGCUGGAGUGACUGA